ACACUUUAAUUAGAUUUCAAUUUGACAAUAACAUUACAAAUCAUUCCGAAAUCGAACAAAAAUUUAGAGAGAUAAUAGUAUUAAUUAACGAAAUAGGAGCUGAUAAUGAGAAUCAGUAUGAAUUAUAUAGAUACAAAUAUCAUACGACUUAUAAUAGCUAUUUAAACGCGAUUGGUGAUGUGGAAGGCGCUAAUAGACAAGAAAUAUUAGCAAGAAGAUACGAAAGACAUCGUAUCGAGGAAAUACAACCCGUAUUGUAUGUGGAUUUUGUAGAAUCAGUUGCUGUCAAUCAAGAUUGUCAUCUUAAAGACAAGAUUUUAGAAAAAUUAAACAAGAUUCGUUCAAUUUUAGAAGAUGAAUUGAUUGAUAUUAAUGUGGUGAAUACACUUAUUAGUGAGAUAAAACAGAUUUUUGAAAAUUUUGAUAGGAUAACUGAAACCUUUGAAGGUUAUCAAGAAGCAAUAAAUUGCGAGAUCUAUAUGCAUAGGUUAGCGAAUAGUUUGAUUAAUAAAAAGCUAAUCACUUUAAAAGCUAAUGACAAUAAUGAAGGACUCAAGUCUUCAAAAAUUCAAACUGUUAGUAAAGAGUUGAUAGAUUAUUUGAGAUGUUUAGAAUUAUUUGCACAUGACGUAGCAUAUUCAAAAAGAAUUGAAUUCAUUUCAUUUUUAUCGAAUUCUUCAGAUAAAAUAGAAAUAUUAUUUAAAAAUAUUAUAAAUACAGAAGAAGGGAUCAAAAGACGCGCAAGAGUUCUUAAUUCAUUUUUUCAUCCAGAUAGAACAAAACAUCUAAACAGUCCAUAUGUACUUCAAGAAAAACAUAAAAGUCAAGGCGAUGAGUUGUUUAAACUUAUUUUAACGUUCAAAGAACAUUUAUUGAAUAAGUUGAAAAAAACCUUGGAACUAGAGGACUAUGAAAAAUAUGGAAAUGAACUUUGGAAAACUGCUAUUGAUUAUAAUAACGCAUCAAAGGGAAAAUGGAAUAAACUAAAAAUCUUAAAGAAAGAUGAUAUCAAAGAGCUCUCUUCCGAAUUAUUAAAGCAUAAUAGCAUAACUAUGGGAGAGUUGGCUUACCAUCAAUAUCGAGCAGCAUGCAAAGUUGCAGAUAGAGCUAAACUGCUAAAAAAACAGGUAAAACUGAGAGGAUAUAUGGCUUUGUGCUUAUAUUUCACAGACAAAUUUCUAGAAGCUCGCUUAUAUGCUUUAGUAGCAAUUAUUUUACACCUUAAGAGUCUAAGUAAUUUCACGCAAGAAUUGGAUGAAGCAAAAAACAUACUUGAUAAAGUUAAUAGAAGGAAAAAAGAGGGUGAAAAAAGUGAAAAAGGAUUAUCUUCCAACUCGAAUACUGAUAUUAAAUUCGUGUGUGACCCUAAUCAUGCAAUGGCUUUAAUAAGAACAAAUGGUUCUUUCUAUAAUAGAGGGAUUAUUCAAAAUUCGAUUAAUAAAAGUUUGUUUAAUAUAGCUACUAAUUUGUUUAUUAAGACGGAACAUCAAACAUUAUAUAAUGAGAUUUUUCGUGUUAAGCUCGCGAAAACAUAUUUAGGUGCAAUUCUGUUUAAAAAGUCAAUAAUUCGAGAAAAACUUAAUGAAAUCAUAAAUAGAGCGUUAAGUGCAUAUGAUAAUGGAAAAUAUCAAGAGUUCAUCAAUGUGCUUUCUGAGGAAUAUGAUGAAAACAAACGCCUCUUAGAAUACUAUAAUAAUCUUGGUAUUUUAGAAAUAGAUAUAAUAGGUACGCUUAAAAAACAUGGUUUCAGACCGGAUGGUAUUGCAUAUCUACUUGUUGUACUUGGAGAAGUUUUAGGUAGUGGAAACAUAAAAAUCAAAGGUGUCCCGCAUAUAUUUUUGAAAGCUGAUGCAAAAAAAUUUUUUCAACUGGCACUGAGUAGCGAGCUUGUGAAAGAGGCAAAAGAACUGGAUAAAUGCACCAGCAAAUUGCGACAAACCAGUCGGGGGAGCCUUGAGAGAUAUUUUAAAAGUACUUACGGUACAAUUAAAGAUUUUACAUUAUCAGAAGAACGCACAAGACUGGCUCUAGAAUAUCUGCCAGAUUCUCUAGAAAUGCCCUUUUUUUCAAGAUUGGAGGAAAUACGUAAUUUUGCAAGGAUUAAUAUUGCAAUCCUUAACAUAAUAAAUUAUGACUAUGACACCCUUAAAGAGGCCAUAAAACCGGUUGAAGAUACUCGACAUUCUGUAAGAGAAAAUUAUCAAUUUGUUAGCAAAGCUAAUUUACGCUUAGAAGUCUUGGAGGAUUUUUUAUGGAUAAUUAGUGAUGAAGAUUUAUCUGAUGUAUCCGAUGUAUCUUUAUUAAUCACAUUUCCCGUUGCAACCAACUCUGUUCCGGAACCGGAUGAUAAAUAUAUUAAUUACUUGAGUGGCCAAAAUUCUUUCAACCAAGGGAGUAAAUAUUACGAAGCGGCUUACUUUGAACAUUUAGCUGAAAAAGAAGCCAAAUUUAACAAGUUAAAUAGUUUACGUUAUUGGCAAUCUGCUCAGGAAAACUAUAAUAUUGCACGUAAAAUAAACCCUGAUAAUCCAAUUUAUUCCAUCGGAUAUGCAAAAUGCUUAUUAAAAUUAUCUAAAUAUACACAAGUUAUCAAACUUUCUGAUAUAUGCCCAGCAUUAAAUUCUUCAUCAGAAUACUGGCAUUUUCGUAGUGUGGCUUAUUUUAAACAAAAAAAGUAUAUAGAUGCUAUGUCAUGCAAUUCUGAAGCUCUAACAUUGGAUCCUGGAAAUAAUUCUGCUGCUAAACACAGAGAACUUGUCAAAAAACUAAUUAUAAAUAAUAUAGUUGAACACAAAAUUGAUCGUUAUAAAAAAAAGUUAAUAUAUGAAACAGAUUAUUUGAAAAAUUCUCACAAUAAUGAGCACACUGUCUACAAUAUUCUAUCAAUUGAUGGAGGAGGAAUACGCGGGGUAUUGCCUGCUUUAUGGCUGAGCGAAAUAGAAUAUCGCACUCGUAGACCCAUUUCUCACUUAUUUAAUAUGAUAGCUGGAACAUCGACUAGUGGGAUUAUUGCUGCUGGAUUAUCGGCACCACAGUUUAAAUGUAAGAAAAUAACAGAUGAUUAUUUUGAAUACGAAUAUUCAGAUUUAAUUCCAAGAUUUUCAGCUUCAGAUUUAUUAAACAUUUACAAGAACGAAUCCAAAAAUUUAUUCACUACAUCAACAUCAUGGUUCAAUAUACCUAUAUGGUCCAAAGCAUAUGAUAAGUAUACUAAUGAGGGUCGUUCUACUAUUUUUAAACGAUAUUUUGAAGAAACAAGAAUAAACCAAUCUCUUACUGAAUUGGUUAUUCCAGCUGCCAAUGAAAACUACACACAUUUAUUUACCCGUUAUGAUGCUUAUAAAAACAGCAGGAAUAUCGAGAUAAAUAACACUUUUGUUGACAUCUUAAUGGCAACAACAGCUGCACCUACGUUUUUUCCGCCUUAUAAAAUUGGUAAUAAGACUUUUAUAGAUGGAGGAAUAUAUCUUAAUAAUCCAGCAUCAGCGGCUUACAGCGAGGCUAUCAAACAUAAUGUGCCAGAGAAAAAUAUUUCUGUGCUAUCUCUAGGUACAGGAUGUUAUUUAACAGAUCCUUCGAAUCCUCCUCAAUCCAUGAUAUCUGCACAAGAAAGCAACACAGAUCGUGAAAUGUACAAUAAUUUAAAAAAUCGUUAUCAACGAUGGCAAGUCUUUUUUGAGGAGCCUAUAGGAUUUGAUGACCAUAAAAGUAUUCCUGAUCUUUUAGAGCUAGGCUAUCAAUAUAUAGAAGAGCUUGAUUGUUCCGAUGAAAAUCCUAUUAAUAAGUUGGUAGAGUCUUUUAAUAGAUAG